CGACCGCGGGUACCACGGUACUCAAGGUCCUUUACACGUCAACUAUACAGCCCCACGCACUUCCCUAUCAGAACCUUUUUUCAAAGCUUGUGAAGAAAAAGGGUUGAAACGAAUUGAUUACAAUGGAAAAAAUACAGUUGGUGUUUCAAGAAUGCAGUUCACCAUAAAUUUCAAUAAACGAGAUGAUGGUGCUCAUGCUUUUCUUGAUCCUAUAAUAGAUAAACGAUCCAAUCUCAAAGUACUAUUGAAUGCAUUUGUCACCAAAAUAUUACUGAACAACUCGACAGCUAAGGGGGUUGAAUUCAUGAAGGAUUGUAAGAAAUAUACCGCGAAGGCUAAAAUGGAGGUUAUUGUAUCCAGUGGUUCCAUCAAUACCCCACAACUUCUUAUGCUCUCUGGAAUUGGACCGAAGGAGGAGCUGACCAAACACAAGAUAGAAGUGAAAAAUGACUUGCCAGUGGGAAGGUUCUUGAAAGAUCACCCGAUGUUCAUCAAUAUGAUAUUCAGAAGCAACAACAUUGCACCAAACAGAACACUCAGAGAGAACUUGAAGCGAUAUGUCAGUGGAGAAACGCCUUUAACUAAUGCAUUAGGAGUUGAAAAUGUUGCUUUCAUCAACACAAAAACUCCUGGAAGAGGACCACCUGAUAUAGAAUUGAUAAUCACCCCUCCACCGCUAGGUGUACCUGACAAGUCACUGUCCUAUUUAUUCCUGAAUUUAGAUGAGUAUUUCAGUGAAGUCUACGAAGGUUACAAUCCCCUAACAGAUUUUUGCAUAUACAUAGUUUUACUUAAUCCAAAAUCGGUUGGAUCAGUUACCCUUCAGUCUAAAAUUCCUAUUGACUUUCCAGUAAUUGAUUUGAACUACUUUUCCGACCCUAACAAUGAGGAUAUUGAAACUAUGUAUCGAGGAAUAAAAUAUGCUUUGAGUUUAAUGAAUACGAAAGCUUUCAGGGAUAUCAAUGCCACCUUCAUCGGUAACCAAUUGGGGUGUAGAGAUGUGGAAAGAAAUGGUUCUGAAAAAGAGUAUUGGACCUGUGCUAUUAAGCAUUUCACAUCUACAAUUUAUCAUCCUAUGAGUACCACUCGGAUGGGGCGUUCCCCUAAAGACUCUGUUGUCAACAGUAAGUGUUUGGUGCAUAGAACACAGAACUUGAGAGUUGUGGAUGCAGGAGUGAUUCCAGAUAUCAUAAGGGGACAUCCAAAUGCUCCCACUUUCAUGAUCGCAGAAAAAAUAUCGGACGACAUUAAAAAAUACUACGGAAAACUCUAGUGUUCCAAAAUGAUCCACCCGAUUUGGAAGUGAUAUAUGUCUUAAAGGUGUAUAGGCUUGACAGAUCCUCAAAAUUCACACUUCACUUUCUGAAGUAGAGCUCGCUUUCCUGUUACCAGUUUGAUGUUAUCCAUGAGAAUAAUUACACACUUUUCACGAACAAUUUAAUUUCUAGACAUGUUUCGCUAAUAC